AUGAGGGUUUUGAGUUUUUGUCUGAGGGUUAGUAUUGUGGUUGUGUUGCCGCUGUCUCUCCCCGCCAAAGGAGACGAAUUAGGAAACAGCAAAACGGAGACAGAGGGGCUCUCGGGCCGCAUAAAGUGCACAGGACAAGGGCACUGCAGCAGCAGCAGCAGCAGCAGCAGCAGCAGCAGCAGCAGCAGCAGCAGCAGCAGCAGCAGUAGCAGCAGCAGCAGCAGCAGUAGCAGCAGUAGCAGUAGCAGUAGCCGCGGGAGUAGCAGCAGCAGCAGCAGUAGCAGUAGCAGCAGAAGCAGAAGCAGCAGCAGCAGCAGCAGCAGCAGCAAUAGUAAAAGAAACAGUAGAAGUAUUAGGAGCAGGACGAGCAACAGAAACAGCAGCAGCAGCAGCACAAGCAGCAGCAGCAGCACAAGCAGCAGCAGCAGCAGCAGCAGCAGCAGCAGCAGCAGCAGCAGCAGCAGCAGCAUAUCUCUAGGUCUACAAGAGAGUCACCAACCACAGCAGCAGCAACAACAGCAGCAACAGCAACAGCAACAACAGCAGCAGCAGCAUCAACUGCAACAACCCCAGCAGCAGCACCAACACCAGCAGCAGCAGCAGCAACAGCAGCAGCAGCAGCAGCAGCAGCAGCAGCAUACGUCUAGGUCAACGAGAGAGUCCCCAACCCUGACGUCCUGA